AUGCAGCGCUGCCGGCUCGCCACCGCCUGGGCGGCCCUGCUGCUCCUGAGCAGCACCUGCAUGGUCAUGGCGCAGGAGCCAGCGCAGGUCCCUGGCUACAACUGCCCCGCGUCCUGCGGAAAGAAGCCCAACUGCCACUGCGCCUCCCACGAUAUCCCCGGCAAGCUUACGCCCAACCAGACCCCCCAGUUUGUGGUGCUGACCAACGACGAUGCCAUCACAAUCACCACCAUGCCCGUCAUCCUGGACAUCACCACCACGCACUACAACCCGCAGGGCUGCGAGAUCCCCGCUAUGUGGUUUGUGUCCAUGAACUACACCGACUACCACCUGGUGCAGGAGGUGUACAUGAAGAACCACGAGAUCGGCACGCACACGCUGCACCACGUGGCCAACCCGGACCUGUUCCAGAUUGUGGGCAUGAAGCUGUGGCUCAACCAGACCGCGCACGUGCCGCUGGAGAAGAUCCGGGGCUUCCGCGCCCCCUACCUCAUGCACACCCCCGAGCAGCGCACCGUCCUGCAGCAGAACGGCUUCCUUUUCGACUCCUCCAUCCCGGAGCCCUACCCCACCGCCACCUCCCCCGAGGCCAACGACCGCCUGUGGCCCUACACCAUGGACUACGGCCUGCCCCAGCGCUGCGACCUGGGCACGGGCCCCUGCUCCAUCAACGAGACCCUGCCCGGCCUGUGGGAGUUCCCCAUGUGGGACAUCCAGGACGAUAAUGACGUGGUGCUGACCAACAUGGACCCCCAGGGUGACCUGUUUGAGGCAUACAAGCGCGAGUUCGACCGCUCCUACGGCGGCAACCGCGCCCCCGUGGGCGUCUACAUCCACGCUGCCUGGCUCAUGGAUCCCACCCGCGCCGCCAGCAUGAAUCGGUUCAUUGAGUACGCCCUGGGCCACGAGAACGUGUGGUUUGCCACCAUGAGCGAGGUGAUUGACUGGAUGAAGAACCCGGUGAGCGCGCAGAAGUAUGCCGAGCAGCGCCAGGCCGAGGGCUGCGAGCCGCCCACCGACAUGUGGUUCCCCAGCGGCAAGUACUGCGAGGGCAUCACCUGCGUCAAUGGCAACUUCAGCGAUGUGGCCUGCGAGUGCGUGUGCAUCGCCGAAUUCGUCAAGAACCAGCCCGGCUGGUGCGUGGACCCACAGACGGGCGCUUGCACCGUGCCCAAGGUCUUCUCCAACACCGACAAGUCCUUCCACUGCCCAGAUGGCUCCACUCGUGAGGUGCCCGACACCACACCCGUGGCCCCCAGCGCCGACGACUCCGCCGCCACCUGCGGCCACGGCAUGCAGGACUUUGUGGGGCUGGGCAUCAGCGGCACCGAGGACAAUGCCCUGCUGUACAGCCAGGCGCUGCGUGCCGUGGACGGCCUCUGCGACACCUGCGCCGCUGCAACGGACCCCUCUGGCAACUACUUCACACUGGUGCUGCCGUACACCACCGCGGUGACCAGCGUGCAGCUGACCACGGGCGAGUCUGCGGAGGGUGCCUUCAUCUUUGUGGGCGACUCCUCCUCCAACAACGGCAUGGACAACCCCGUGUGCGCUAUGAACCUGGACCUGCCAGCCAACACCGCCGUGGCCGUCAACUGCACCGGCGUGGGCAAGUAUGUGACCCUGGCGGUGCCCAAGAACCUCUCCAUCUGCGACAUCUACGUGGAGGGUGCUCCCGCCGCGCCCACCACAACCACCACCCCCACCACAACCACCACCCCGCAGCCCACCACCACCCCUGCAGCCUCUGUCCCCGAGGGCACCGGCGUCGCCACCCGCGCCGAGCUUGCCGACGAGCUGGUGAGCCAGCUGCUGGGCGGCGCCGAGAGCGACUCCAGCUUUGCCACCACCAGCGAUGAGGAGGAGGAGAUCAAGCCCGACUUCAGCCGGGUGGGCAUGGAGGGAGCCAACCCCGAGACCGACCUCUCCCAGGAGGAGCUGCUGCAGCAACUUACGGCCACGGCAAACCAGGAGGUUGUGGCGAUCAAUGCUGCUCUUGGGGUCAAGAAGAAGAACAGUCGUAAGCAGCUGUAG